AAAAUUUGAUAAAUCGCGAUAAAGAUCGUUAGAGGAACGAGAAGAAUGUAUUGGAUUUUGGACCGAGUUACAUCGAUUUAACAAUCAACGUUCCUUGAUAAUGCGAGUAUUAUUUUUCUACGGAUUAAUAAAUAUCGUGGCGCGAACUUAUAGAACGCCAUAUUUUCUUUCACUCGGCCAAGGGUCGUCCUUGUUGUCCUUGUAUCGUGAAAUUCCCUCGUUUUCACGAGACGACGAUAAAACUAUAUAAUACUAUGUUCCUAUGAUGAACGAGAUUAAUAAUAAAAAUUCGAACGACGAGAGUCCUUCGAUGGAGAAAAAGAAUGAGGUAAAGCCGAUCGAUCGUACGAAAGAAAGGAAACGUUCGAAGGAAGAGAAAAGUAGAAAGAAGGAUAUUAAAAAGACCGGAGAACAAUGUUCAGAAGUUGUGAUCGAUGCGCAAACAAUGAAGGAAAAGCUGGACGUAAUGUCUAAGAAAUACUCUGACAUUGUGGACGAUAAUAAGAGAUUAUUGUUAAAUUUGAAACAGUCUGAGAAGAAGAUAAUGUUGUUGCAACGAGAGAAGGAGCAGUUUCAAAGCGAACGUAAUAAGGCACUUUUAACUAGGAAAAGAUUAGAGAAUUUGUGUCGUGAAUUACAGAAACAGAAUAAAACUGUUAAGGAGGAGUGUUUAUCGAGACUUAAGAAAGAGGAAGAAAAGAGAAAGGAACUCUCCGGCAAGUUUCAAAGUAUUUUAGCUCAUAUCAAUCAACAAAUGAAUUUAACUCUUGAAAAGAAUGCAAAGAUGCAGGAAGAGAAUUUAGAAAUGAAUAAGUUGUUCAAAUCAUUAUGUGAUGAACUUGCGGUUAAAGAAAAACAACUUCUACAAGAACAUAUGCGUAUGAAAGGGGAGUUGCUUAUAGCGCGUGACAACUUUGAAGAGGUCAAGAUAGAAGCUACGGUAGAAAAAGAAGUUUUCUUAAGGGAAAAGGAACAACUCUUGCUUACAUUAACAGAAUAUCGAGCACGAAUUCAAGAAUUACAAGGAGCAGAAGCUGCUAUGAAAAGUCAAAUUGAUUUAUACACCAAUAAAUAUGACGAAUUUCAAAAUUCUCUUACAAGAAGUAAUAAAGUUUGCGGAGAAUUUAACGAAGAGAUGGAAAGGAUGUCUAAGAAGAUAAUUGCUUUGGAGAAAGAAACUACUUUGUGGAAACAACGAUGGGAGAAGAGCAAUACAGUUUUUGUUGACAUGGUAUAUGAAAAGCAAGCAAGAGAGUCGGAAUUGGUGAAAUUGAAGGAAAGAUUAGCUUUGCUUCAGGACUUGUGUAAAAUGUUCCAACGUGAAAGAAGAUCCUUGAUCGAUCAAUUAAAUGAGAAAAACGCAAAGACUAAUACUGAUUCGACUACAAGAACAUCUGGUGAAUCUAAAGAAAAAGAAGAUGAUUUAAAUAAAGGAUCUGCAUUAUUAGAAAAUAGUAAUGGACAACUCACUCCAACGAAUAUCUUCGAACUACUUGAACAAAGAUUAGAAAUGGAAUUUAAUGUAAAUUCCACGAGUGAAAAGAAAACUGAAAUAAGUUCAGAGGAAAAAAUAAUUGGCUCGUCCAUAUCUGAAUGUCCACUUUCUUCUGAACCUAGCUGUAAAGAUAUAGAUAAGGAAUCAAAGGACAAAGAGCUCUCAGUUUCUCAGGAAAAUAGAACAGAAGAACCAUUAAAGGAAGAAAAAUCUUCCAACGUAGAAAAUAAUUCAAAGGCACAACUAAGUAUAGCAGAAUCAUCUUCUGUUAUUAGUAUUGAAAAAUUAAAUGAAAAGGAAAAUGUAAAAAAAGAAAAUAAAGAAGCAAUAGAACGAAUAAGUGACGCGUCGUGUGACAAUAUUACGAACUUAGAAUCUAGAUCGGAAAACAUUGAAAAUGAUAGUACAGUACAAAUGUCAAUACUUAAAAAUGAUGAUGUUCAAACGGAACAACAAGAGACGAAGAAUAGUAGCCAAGACGAAAAUAAUGAGGAAUUAGUUGAAAAUAUAGAAAAUAGGUCUACUGGCAUAACUAUAUCUGAAAUAGAAACAAAAACUAUAAUAGAAGAAUGUGUUCCAAACGGUUUAUCAAAGAAAGAUAUAGUUAACGAAUCAGUAGAAUCAUCAAACAAUGAAAUAGAAAUCAAUCUAUGCGAUAAAUCGCAAGAAACUAAUACUAUUGUAGAAAAUAUUCAAAAAAUCGAAAAGUCUGAAUCGGAAAUUUUAAAAAAUUCUGCGGAAGUGAAUUCUAUUGUAGAAAAACAAGUUAAAACUGAUAUGCCUUUUUCUAAAGAAGAAGAUAACAAGUCAAUCAAACAGAAUGUUACGACUGUAACGAAGAAUGUAAGAAGAAAGAAGAAGUAAAAUGAAGUCAAAUGAUCAUCCGGAACAAACGAAAAAAUGGUACGAACAUUGAAAUUAUAUAUAGGAUAAAAUCGUGCAAAACUACAUUUUUUCCUUUAUCGAUGGAAAUGAUG